GAGACAGACAAGACAACAUACGCAAGUUGGGCUAAUCAUGUUAUUGUUGUGCCUGGGAAACUUGACGCUUUUGUAGAAGUUAUACUGACGGCCAAAGCUACUGUUGCUGGACACAGUGGACGCACCGCAUCUUCACUUUCUUUAGGAAAGAAGUUUGCUGUCUUCACCGGUGUUGCCUGCUAGCGUCGAUGUUGGCAGCUAGCCUGUUCGUGUAAAUGCUGUUGCCUAGAAUGGACCUGUUGAACCCUCAGUACCUGGAUAAGAUGAACAAUAACAUCGGGAGACUGCACUAUGGAGAUGAGUCCAGGACACCUUCGCUGCCCUCUGCUAUUCCAAACGUAAGCGGGCCGCCUCCGCUCUGCCCAAGCAAACGGAAGUAUGGCGAUGAACAAAAGGACCAAUUGAAUUGUGAUGAUGACCACAUGACUAAAAUGAGCAGAUUGUUUGCAACUCACCUGGCUCGUCCCACUGCUGGAGACAACAGUGGUGAGCACUGGAGCCUGAGCAACAAUCCGGUGGAGCACAUCAGCUCUUCCUCCAACGGUCUCCAUGGGAACCAUCUCUAUGCUUCCAUUUCUGGGUAUGCUGUGGACCAGCCACUAGCGCUGACCAAAGGCAGCCUCGACAACACAGUUGGGGGCAGAGAUUGGUCUGUUGUCAGUGCAGCUGUUGAGCGGCAGCAGAAUCGCCCCUCUGUCAUUACCUGUGCUCCUGCAAGCAACCGCAAUUGUAAACUCUCUCACUGCCAUAUGAAUGGCUGCUCUCUGAGCCCAACCUCUGAUGAGAGGAAGAGCAAUGCUAACACAGUUUGCGAUCCUGUGAUUGAGGAACACUUCCGGCGUAGCCUGGGAAAAAACUACAAAGAAGCAGACCCUGUGACCAACCCGGCGUCCAACUCUGUCUCCAUCACAGGCUCAGUGGAUGACCACUUUGCCAAGGCACUGGGAGACGCCUGGAUCCAGAUCAAGGCCAAAGGUGGGGGUCAUCAGGUCCCAGAAGCCAAUCCAUGAAGAGGUGAAAAAAGGUUCCAAUCACUUGUGGAGGUCAUGUUCACGUCAUCAUGUUCAUCAUUUCAGUAUCAAAUAUCUGCAAUGUAAGACUUGGCUUUCGUCUCAUUGAGUCUAAGGUCUACUUUUUAUCUGAACUCUUGCCUUACAACAGAACUCUAACCAGAAAAAAUAAUGAUGGCUACAUUGGGUCGUGUUAGCUGUUAAAUUAUAAAUGGAUAGAUUUUUCCAUCAAUAAUGAGAAAAGCAGAACUAACAAGAACCAAUGGUCACCUUUUUAUAGGUAAUGUUCUGUUUGUUUACCUGCCUUUGCAGCCAAAUAAACUUCUCCCUGCCUUUCAGCAUGUAAGCCAUACAUGUUUUAUGGCUAGAUACUUUCAUCUACAGUGGGUACGGAAAGUAUUCAGACCCCCUUAAAUUUGUCACUCUUUGUUAUAUUGCAGCCAUUUGCUAAAAUCAUUUAAGUUCAUUUUUUUCCUCAUUGAUGUAGACACAGCACGCCAAAUUGACAGAAAAAAAACGGAAUUGUUGACAUUUUUGCUGUGACACUCAUAUUUAACUUGGUUGCUGUCCAUUUCUUCUAAUCAUCCUUGAGAUGGUUCUACACCUUCAUUGGAUUCCAGCUGUGUUUGAUUAUACUGAUUGGACUUGAUUAGGAAAGCCACACACCUGUCUAUAUAAAACCUUGCAGCUCACAGUGCAUGUCAGAGCAAAUGAGAAUCAUGAGGUCAAAGGAACUGCCUGAAGAGCUCAGAGACAGAAUUGUGGCUAGGCACAGAUCUGGCCAAGGUUACAAAAACAAAUUCUGCUUCACUUAAGGUUCCUAAGAGCACAGUGGCCUCCAUAAUCCUUAAAUGGAAGACGUUUGGGAUGACCAGAACCCUUCCUAGAGCUGGCCGUCCGGCCAAACAGCAAUUGGGGGAGAAGAGCCUUGGUGAGAGAGGUGAAGAAGAACCCAAAGAUCACUGUGGCUGAGCUCCAGAGAUGUAAUCGGGAGAUGGGAGAAAGUUCUAGAAUGUCAGCCAUCCACCAGUCGGGGCUUUAUGGCAGAGUGGCCCGACGGAAGCCUCUCCUCAGUGUCAUACACAUGAAAGCCUGCUAAAAAACACCUGAAGGACUCCAAGAUGGUGAGAAAAAAGAUUCUCUGCUCUGAUGAGACCAAGAUAGAACUUUUUGGCAUUAAUUCUCAGCGGUAUGUGUGGAGAAAACCAGGCACUGCUCAUCACCUGUCCAAUACAGUGAAGCAUGGUAGUGGUAGCAUCAAUGCUGUGGGGGUGUUUUUCAGCUGCAGGGACAGGACGACUGGUUGCAAUCGAAGGAAAGAUUAAUGCGGCCAAGUACAGGGAUAUCCUGGACGAAAACCUUCUCCAGAGUGCUCAGGACCUCAGACUGGGCCAAUGGUUCACCUUCCAACAACACAAUGACCCUAAGCACCCAUCUAAAAUAACACAGGAGUGGCUUCAGAACAACGACGUGACUGUUCUUGAAUGGUGCAGCCAGAGCCCUGACUUAUCCCAAUUGAGCAUCUCUGGAGAGACCUGAAAAUGGCUGCCCACCAACAUUCACCAUCCAACCUGACAGAACUGGAGAGGAUCUGGAGUAAUGGCAGAGGAUCCCCAAAUCCAGGUGUGAAAAACUUGUUGCAUCAUUCCCAAAAAGACUCAUGGGUCUAUUAGCUCAAAAGGGUGCUUCUACUAAAUACUGAGCAACGCGUUUGAAUACUUCUGGUUGUGUGCUAUUUCAGUUUUUCUUUUUUAAUAAAUCUGCAAAAAUGUCAACAAUUCUGUUUUGUCUGUCAAUAUGGGGUGCUGUGUGUACAUUAAUGAGGACAAAAAAUAACUUAAAUGAUUUUAGCAAAUGGCUGCAAUAUAACAAAGAGUGAAAUAUUAAAGAAUACUUUCCAUACCCACUCUACAUUGUUUCAGAUUUAAAUCCAUGCUAAAUUUGCUUCUGUAUUACUUGAAAAUAUGUUUCCCCGUCUCAUUUGCACUAUUACACCUCUAAUAGCUUAUGUAGCAGGUUACCAGUUUUGUGAUUCAGAACCUGUUUUAUUUGUUUUUAUUUUUUUAAACUGUGAUAAUCCAAUUGAGAGUUGUUUACCUGAAUUCAAAUAUCCAUGUUAACAUGGAGGCCUGGCAGUGAAUACACUAGAACAAUCCGCUUUCUGCCCCUGAACUGGACUCCAUUUCUCUGUUAAAUAAUUGUAGUUCAUUGCCUAUAUGAGCUCUUUUAUGUUGUAAUCUCAUCCUAAUAGAGGUCUAACUCAAAAGCAUGUUUCAAAUAGCUGGAUUCUAUCACAAACCUUGCUAAAUAUUUACUCAGAAUUUAUUUUUUAUCUAACAUUGUAGAAAAUACUCACUGCUGGUACAGUUGUACUCAAUAUAUUUUUUGUAUCUGUUUCACAUUCUGGCAAGGAGAUGUGUGUCUUGACAUCCUCUUUAAACCACAGCCUCUGGCAAGGUUGUCUGAAUGCGGUUUGCUCGGCAACGUUGCUUCUGUACUCAGCGUAGCUGGAUGCUACAUCUUCGCAUGAGACUGAAAGUGACUAAAUCUGAGCUUCUGUUGGUGUUGACUCUUAUUUAUUCUGGGCAUAGGUGAGAGCAAGUCAUUGCUUUGCAAAUCACAAGUCAGUCUCAAGUCACAAGUCCAAGACUUUGAGUUUCACUUUGCGUUUGCAACUUGACUUUGAGUUCAAAGUCGAGGAUUUACGACUUGACUCGGGACUUUAGGGCAAAGACUUGAGAUUUGACUUGUAAUUUGCAAAGCAAUGACUUGGUCUCACCUCUUGAUUCUGGGCACAUUGGUUUCUUGGAGUUCAGUAAAACCAAAUUCUCAAUUUAUUUCAAAGCCCGUCUCCAUUUUCCCCAAACCGAAUUGCGGCAUUUUCUUUCCAACAGGGGCGUAAAUGCAAAUGUAAUGUUUUUAUUAACUUGCCAUUUGGCAACAGACCUGGCAGAACUGUCACCCCCUACUGACAGUAACAUACUAUUUGUGUUUUUUGAGGGAUUUAACUGACUGAGUCAUUGUGUGACUUAUAGAAAAGGUGCGUUCCACAUAGUUUUGGUUUUGUAGUUUGUUUUUGUAAAUCGUCUUGACGUGAUCACGGUAGAUUAUUGUAUUUGCCAACACUGACAGGGGAUUGUAAAUUCUAUAGAUUAAAAAAUAUACAGUGCCGUGAAAAAGACUAGUUUCUUAUAUUUUUCAUAGUUCCCCCACUUAAAGAUCAUCAAACAAAUGGAAAUAUUAGACAAAUAUAACCCAAAUGAACUUAAAAUUAUGUUUUCAAAUGGUGAUUUCAUUUAUUAAGGAAAAACUAUUCAAUGUUACCUGACCCUGUGUGAAAAAGUAAUGGGCCCCUAAACCUAAUAACUGGUUGGGCCAUCCUCAGCAAAUCAAGCGUUUUCUAUAACUGGCAAUCAGUCUUUCACAUCUCUGUAGACCUAUUUUGGUCCACUCUUCCUUGCAGAAUUGUUUGAAUUCUGCAAAGAUGGAGGGUUUUUGAGCAUGAACAGCCUUUUUAAUGUCUUGCCACUGCAUUUCAAUCCAAGUCUGGACUUUGACGAGGCCACUUCAAAACCUUCAUUUAGAUUUUCUAAGCCAUUCAGAAGUUAACUUGCUGGAGUGUUUUGGAUCGUUAUUCUGCUGCAGAACCCAAGUGUGCUUCAGCUUGAGGUCACAAACUGGUGGCUGAACAUUUUCCUUCAGGAUUUUUUAUUAAGGAGCAGAAUUAAAGCAGCCCAAGACAAUCGCACUACCUCCACCGACACGUUUGACUGUUGGUAUGAUGUUCUUUUUUUUGAAACGCUGUGCUACAUUUAUGCUAGACGGACACCUUCCAGAAAGCUCAACUUUCAUCUUGUCAGUCCAUAUAAUCUCCCAGAACUCUUGGGAAUCAUUCUGAUGUGUUUUUUUUUUUUUUUUUUUUUGUGGCAAAAAUAAGACAAACCUUUAUUUUCUUUUUGGUCAGUAGUGGUUUUUGUCUUGGAACUCUGCCAUGGGUGCCAUUUCCCCCCCCCAAUCUCUUCCUUAUUUUUGUGUCUUGAACACUGACCUUAACUGAGGCAAGGGAAGCCUGCAGUUCUUCAGAAGUUGUCCUGAGUUCCAUUUUGUCCGCCUGAAUGAGUCAUUGCUGUUCUCUUGGGGUAAUCUUUAUAGGCCGGCCACUCCUGGGAAGGUUCACCACUGUUUAAUUUUUUCUCCAUGUGAGGAUGAUGGCUCCCAUGAUUUGCUUGGAAUCCUAAAGCUUUAGCUUUAAUGGCUUUUGUAACCCUUUCCAGGCUGAUAGAUGUUAAUUAAUUUAUUUGUAGACUGUUCUGGAAUUUCUUUGGAUCGUGUCAUUUUUGUAGCUAUUUUAGAUCUUUUGUCUGACUUGAUUUUGUCGGGACAGAUUCUGUUUAAGUGAUUUCUUGAUUGAACAGGUAUGGAGAGAAUCAGUGUUGGGUGUGAUCACUGAAAAUUAACCAAAAAUUGCGGUUAACCACAAUCAAUUCAAGGGGACAAUUAAUUUUUCCACACAGGGCCAGGUAACGAAUAUUUUUGUCCUUAAAAAAUUAAAUCAUUUAAAAACAGCAUUUUAAGUUCACUUGGGUUAGAUUUGUCCGGUAUUUAAAUUUGUUUGAUGAGCUUAAACAGUAAAGUGGAGAAACUGCAAAAAUAUUAGAAUUUGAGAAGGGGGGGGGGGGGGGGGGCAAUACUUUUUCACAGCACUAAUGUUCAGUGAAUCUCCAUGCAUUUGUAUUAUUAAUCGUUUUUGGAGCUGUUACACGCUUUCUUGUCUUCAUAUUUUACCAUACCUUUACAUGACCAUCAUUGCGCGGUGCGGAAUGAUCAUGUGUAUUUUGUUUCUAUUGUGCGAGGCAUAUUCAUGUAUAGCAUAGAAGUGCCCUAUUCUCUUACCAUGCAUUUCAUCUUUUGUAUCACUUAAUUACUUUCCCCAUAGUUAUGAGGUGAUGAACAUGCAGGAACACAUCAGUCUUUUGCGUGAAGAGCUUGGCAAAGUGUCAGAUGUCUGCGAGAACAGUUCAGAGUCUAAGAUUUCUGUGCAUACCACAGUGGGCUGGAGGUUGGGAUCAUCACCGAUUUGACUUGUUUGACACAAGCAGAUGUUUCAGUCAAAUGUUUGGGGUAUUAGCCCAUUAUUAUUAUUAUUAUUAUUAUUUAAUUUCUUUAUUUCAACUGUAUCACAAAGACCUUUUACAAAACGUACUUGUUUCAUGUAUCACCCACACAGAGGAGGGAAAAUGAUGCAUUUUUACACUUUGGUCCAUAUUUCUCUGGAAGAAAAUACCACUGUUUUAUAAUAAAUGUCUUCCAAAUAAACAGAAAAACUUUUCUUCUUUCUUCAA